UAAUGAGCUGUUGCGCUCCAAUCGCCAAACUGCUAAUCCAGAAAGCGAACAUCACGUGAAUCCCCAAAGACUGCGUUCAUCACUGCGCCGAUGGAUUUUAAAAAGUUUGGAGGAGAGUCCUCCGAGGGGGACACCGAAGAUCUGGACAGAGUGAAAGCACUAACAGAAAAGCUGAAGUUGCAGACUCGCAGACCGUCCUAUCUGGAGUGGCAAGAGAGAGUUGAGAGUCGACCGUGGAAGGAAAGUUACCCUGCAGACAGCCCGGACUCGGGAGGACAAGUCGUCUCCAUGCCUGCAAUUCUGAGAAAUGAGAACUCAGAGCUGGUUGUGCGCAAUAUAUGUGGCUUUGAUACCAUUGAUGAUGCUUUGGUAUUUCUCAGAAAAGAGCUGAGGGAGAUGCAGGUUCAGGACAACCGCCUGGCCCGCCAGCUGAUCCGUCUGCGUGUGGAGAUCCACAGGCUGAAAGUGGAGCAGGUGUGUGGCCGUCAUAAGGAGAUGCUGGACGAUGCCACAUACGAGUUGGAGGAGUGUGGCGAGGAGUCGGACCUGCUGUGUGACAUCCCAAUGAAGGCUGCCUUCGCCCUGUCCACCCCGCUCAAACACCUGGGCCUCACCAAGAUGAACAUCAACUCCAGACGUUUCUCACUGUGUUAAAAACCCUUUAUUCGUGUUUCUGAGGAUGUUCCAUUGGCCUCCUCUGUGUUGUGUUGGCUAGAUAUUAGGCUUAUUUCCUCAUCAGGAGCUGUUGAUAGAGUGAAGAGUGGCUGCCAGCUAUUGGUGCCCUGGGUGGAAAUGAAAAUGAAUGUGCACCUUGGCUUGUCAUGCAUGAGGAAGCCUCAGUGUGCAGACCUGUAGGGGCACAUACCCUUAAUGCAGACACACCUUCCUGCUGGACGGAGCCCGGGCUGCUCUACUGUUGACUGUUCUUUGCUACAUGUCAUGUUAAUCACAGUAGAUAGAUGAAGGCUUAGAGGUAGACUGAAAUAUACAGGACGGAAUGAGCAUUAUAUCUUAUGCCCAGUGAUUUGGUAUUGUAAAAAAAAAGGUUUCACUUGUGCCAAAGAAGUGCAAAACAGUUACAGGGAGAGUAAUGACUUGCUAAAAAAAAUUGCCAUAGAAGAAGCUCACUUUAGAAAAGAAGCUUGAUGGUCACAGUACAGGAGGGAGCUUUUUUAGACAGGUCAGAUAACUUUACAUCAGUGGUUCUCAACCUAGGGUUCAGAGCCCAGACAAAGGUUCGCAAACUAAAUCAGAAGGAACCACAAAAAAACUGAUUUUCUCUAGUCUUUACCUCUUUUUUUCUUCUUUUUUUCUUUUUAAAGCAAAUUACUGAAUUAUUUCAUCUCUUCCGCCCUCUGGUUGAACUGGUUACAUCCAGCGAUGAGGGGUUGCAAGUAAACAUUGUUUAAUUUUCAAGAGGUCACAAGUAAAAAAGGUUGGGAACCACUGCCUACAUCACUAACAUUUUUUAUGGAUUAAAAAAAGUAUGAAGCUGGCCCGUCUGGUCCAGUCUGGUCUGAUAAAAGGAAAUGUUCAACAACACUAAACAGAGUCCUUUUAAACAGCAACGUAUUCCAGCUGUUAAAGCCUUCAUCGGGGCACUGUCUGUCCCUACCACUACCCUCAAAGGAAGUGGGAGGUCACCCUCCAGCAAUUUUACCCCUCUUCUUUACAAACCAAAUAUAUCUCCUUAGCCUCACCACUGCAGUGGCAGGACCCAGGAGGCUGUGCCUAAAGCAUUUUGUUUUCCAUUACCAUAUCCAGAUGCUGCAGAGCAUGAAUUGGAAACUAUAUAUGGCUGGACAGUGACCAACUGUAUUUGAUUUAGGGCAAGUUAAAUGCAUAUUAUGUAGCUUAAUAUUAUUAGUAACAACAAGUAGGAAGAAUAAGAUAUUAUUGUUGAGGGAUAUUUUGGUUGCAACUGCAACAUGUAAAAAAACUAACUAUUAGCUUUAUUUUAAAAUCAUGCUACUGUAAUAUGAAUGUAUUUGACAAAUGAGUGUAAAAGAGAAAUGCUUUAAAAUGUAACUUUUUUCAUGCACAUACAACAUAAUAUUAAAGAAACUUUGCCAUU